GGCGGGGCCUCGCAGGUGGAGAGGGCGUGUCCAAAGCGAGGACACGCCCCCAACUCCUCCUCUUUUCUUGCCUUGGCGCUGCUCUCUCCGCCAGUCGGUGGCGACGACGCCACCGUGGAAGGGGCCAGACCCGCGCGCUCCUCGCCUCCCCUCAGAGUGCCACCUUUCCCCCAAAAGAAGGAGAGGAAGCUGCCCCUCCAGCCCCGCCAUGGCGUUCACCUUCGCCGCCUUCUGCUACAUGCUGACUCUGGUCCUCUGCGCCUCCCUCAUCUUCUUCGUCAUCUGGCAUAUAAUUGCCUUUGACGAAUUGCACAUGGACUUCAAAAACCCCAUUGACCAGGGCAACCCAGCCAGGGCAAGAGAGAGGUUGAAAAACAUUGAGCGCAUCUGCUGCCUCUUGAGAAAGGUGAGUGUUUGCGUCCCUUGGCUUCCUCCUCCUUGUACUCAUUUACACAACCCUACCGAGUCCCUGGAAGUUUGUUCUCAACGGCAAAGCGGCAUCAGCGGAACACCCACCCGCUCCAUCUCACCCAAGGACCGACUCCUUGGAGGGUAUUUCCAUCGCCCAGCGGACGGCUCGGAGGUCAUGUACGACGCCGUCUCCAUCAUGAAUGCUGACAUCUUGAACUACUGCCAGAAGGAGUCGUGGUGCAAACUGGCCUUUUACCUGUUGUCGUUCUUCUAUUACCUGUACAGUAUGGUCUAUACACUGGUGAGUUUCUAACGGAGCCUGCCCUGGACGGCGGGGCCCCCUCUUUGGCCGCUUCCCGGCGUCUCCUUGGAGGCUUCUGAUGCCCCACCUGGACUAUUUUGGCGACGCUCCUGCACAGACUCUGGCGGGCGGGACGGACGGACUUGCAACCUGUCCAAAGCCAGCGCCGCCGCAGGACUGUCCUUUCCUGGCUGCCUUGGACACCGAUACUCUGCUGCCUCAUAGCCGACGGCUCCCUCUUUCCGAACGGGAAGCCUGGAUGUCCCCGUUUGUGUCAUUGGGGGCCAUUGGGGCUGGCGUUGGGGGGUCUUUUCUCUCUGUGUGUAAAGCCAAACUAAGUUAUUUUUAACUCUCGGGGUGGACAUUUGCGAGGCGAGGGACGUUUGGGUCUUUUUCUAAGGAAUUCCAACCUGGGGAGGUGUCUUCAUUCCACCCGGCCCGCCCGGCCCUUUUGUAAGUGUAUUAAUAAUGAUUUGUCUUAACGGAUACGUCGACAAAAGAAACAAACAAAGGAGAGCCAUAAGAAAAAAACAAAACAA